AUGGUUUGCAGUCCGUGCCAAGCCCCGUCCUUGGCCUCGCAUCGCCAGGGAGCCCCCCGCAUCGUCAUCCGACAAAAUGGCACAGGCAGCGAGGUGGUAACUCUAAUCAAGAGUCUGUGGAAGGAUGUGCAAAACCUGUGGUUUCCGCAGCAGUUAUCGAGGGCCGUGUUUUGGGGAGGCACUGACUCGAUCAGCGGAGGCGGCCUGAACGGGGCUCGAGGCGUUCGUCGAGAUGUGUUGACGAGAAAUAAAGCCGCGGUCUUGACAAUGCUACUCGCAGGAGGUGUGACAAGGAAAGUCUCCAGAUAUUACGCCUCUAUCUUCGACCAGCGGUCCGGCCUCGACAGAUUGGGCUGA